UCAUAUUGAUGAACGAGAAUCAGUAGGUGAAGAUCUUUGAAGAAGUGCAGAAUAAGGAGGAGAUCGAAUAUAUCCGGCAGCCAUGGCCGGGAAUAUUGGGAUGGAACAAUUGAUUCCAAUUGUUAAUAAGCUGCAAGAUGCUUUCACGCAACUGGGAGUUCAUAUGCAAUUAGAUCUACCCCAGAUUGCUGUGGUGGGUGGACAAUCAGCAGGAAAGAGUUCAGUACUUGAAAAUUUUGUUGGCAGGGAUUUCUUGCCCCGAGGAUCUGGUAUAGUAACCAGAAGACCAUUGAUUCUUCAAUUGAUAAAUGGAAAUGCAGAAUACGCUGAGUUCUUGCAUUGCAAGGGCAAAAAGUUCACAGACUUCAAUGAAGUACGUGCCGAGAUUGAAUCUGAGACAGAUCGCAUCACCGGAUCCAACAAGGGCAUUUCUCCAGUGCCUAUCAACUUACGAGUCUAUUCGCCAAAUGUACUCAACUUGACGUUGAUCGACUUGCCCGGGCUCACGAAGGUGCCCAUCGGCGACCAGCCCAUCGACAUUGAGCAGCAGAUCAAAGCCAUGAUCUUCCAGUUCAUCAGACGUGAAUCAUGCCUCAUACUCGCUGUCACACCCGCCAACACCGAUCUGGCGAACAGCGAUGCCCUUAAACUUGCCAAAGAAGUGGAUCCACAAGGUCUGCGCACAAUCGGUGUGAUCACCAAACUGGAUCUCAUGGACGAGGGCACGGACGCGCGCGACGUGCUCGAGAACAAGCUGCUGCCGCUGCGGCGCGGCUACAUCGGCGUCGUCAACCGUUCGCAGAAGGACAUUGACGGACGCAAGGACAUUUCCGCCGCUCUGGCCGCCGAGAGGAAGUUUUUCCUAAGCCACCCGUCGUACCGCCACAUCGCGGACCGGCUCGGCACGCCGUACCUGCAGCGCGUGCUGAACCAGCAGCUCACGAACCACAUCAGGGACACGCUGCCGGGUCUACGCGACAAGCUGCAGAAGCAGCUGCUGGCGCUCGAGAAGGACGUGGAGCAGUACAAGCACUUCCGGCCCGAUGAUCCGUCUAUCAAGACCAAGGCUAUGCUGCAAAUGAUCCAGCAGCUGCAAACGGACUUCGAAAGAACGAUCGAAGGUUCUGGAUCCGCGCAGAUCAACACCAACGAGCUGUCCGGCGGCGCCAAGAUCAACCGGCUGUUCCACGAGCGGUUCCCCUUCGAGAUCGUCAAAAUGGAGUUCGACGAAAAGGAACUGCGUAGGGAGAUCGCCUUCGCCAUACGAAACAUUCACGGUAUUAGGGUCGGUCUGUUCACUCCGGACAUGGCGUUCGAGGCGAUCGUAAAGAAGCAGAUAGCUCGGCUAAAGGAGCCGUCGCUCAAGUGCGUGGAUCUCGUCGUGCAGGAGCUAUCCAACGUGGUCCGCGUGUGUACAGAGAGGAUGUCCCGCUACCCCCGGCUGCGCGAGGAGACGGAGCGCAUCAUAAUGUCGCACGUGCGCUCUCGCGAGCAGCAGUGCAAGGACCAGCUCGUGCUGCUCAUCGACUGCGAGCUCGCCUACAUGAACACGAACCACGAGGACUUCAUCGGUUUCGCUAACAAACGACGGCACACAUCUUAUAAUGAUGUUGAUGAAAAUAAUCGCGCACAGAAUCAAUCUGAAAACGCAGCUAAGUCUGGCCAUCGGGCACUUGGGAACCAGGUCAUCAGGAAAGGAUACAUGUGCAUACACAACUUGGGAAUAAUGAAAGGAGGCUCCCGCGACUACUGGUUCGUGCUCACGUCGGAGAGCAUCUCCUGGUUCAAGGACGAGGAGGAGCGCGAGAAGAAGUACAUGCUGCCGCUCGACGGGCUCAAGCUGCGCGACCUCGAGCAGGGCUUCAUGUCGCGCCGCCACAUGUUCGCGCUCUUCAACCCGGAGGGCCGGAACGUGUAUAAGGAUUACAAGCAACUUGAAUUGUCAUGUGAAACCCAAGACGACGUGGAUUCCUGGAAGGCGUCCUUCCUCCGAGCUGGUGUGUACCCUGAAAAGACUUCAGAAGCAGCAAACGGAGAAGAGGGCGAAGGAAAUGAGAGGAGUAAUUCCGACUCGAGCGGCACCAGCAGUAUGGACCCGCAGCUCGAGCGGCAGGUGGAGACGAUCCGGAAUCUGGUAGACUCGUACAUGCGCAUAGUCACCAAGACCACGAGGGACCUCGUGCCGAAGACGAUCAUGAUGAUGAUCAUCAACAAUGCCAAAGAUUUUAUUAACGGCGAGCUGCUUGCGCAUCUGUAUGCGUCUGGUGAUCAGUCGCAAAUGAUGGAGGAGUCGCCGGAGGAGGCGCUGAAGCGCGAGGAGAUGCUGCGCAUGUACCACGCGUGCAAGGAGGCGCUGCGGAUCAUCGGCGACGUGUCGAUGGCCACCGUGAGCACGCCCGUGCCGCCGCCCGUCAAGAACGACUGGCUCGAGAGCCGCCUCGACUCCAACCCGCGCCUGUCGCCGCCCUCGCCCGGCGGCCCGCGCCGCGCCGCGCCCCCGCAGCAGAGUUCGCUGGGCCAACGCGGCGCCCCGCCGCAGCCGGCGGGAGGCGCAGGGCGACCGGCGCCCCCGCUGCCGUCGCGGCCCGGCGGUGCGGCCCCGCCCCCGCCCGGCUCGCGCCCCGCGCCCGGCGGUGGCCUGCCCGCGCCGCUCAUACCCACGCGGCCGGGCGGCGGCGGCGCGGCGGCGGGCGCGGCGGGCGCGAUGAGCCAGCUGCCGCCGCACAUGCGCCAGCAGAUCAACCAGGCGGUCGGCCAGGCCGUCACCAACGCGGCCAUCAGCGAGCUCAGCUCGGCCUUCGCGAGAUUCAAGUAAACUUGCGCGCUCGUGUGGCGCCAUCUGUUGUGCGUCUGCUGUCGAGGGGGAUCGGGCUAGGGGGGGUUGCUCGGAAUCCGUGGGGGAAAUGCUUUUCUGUCUGAUGUUCGGGUGGGAGGUCUUGUUUUGGAAGAGAAAUUGUUAAUAUUGAGAACUUUUUCCAGAUACCCUAAUUUUCUGAAAAUUGUGCUUUCGUUCAUCAUAAUUUUAAAUCUUUCUGUUGGAUUAAGAAAAUUCAAUUCUCCUGGUCCGAUCGCUCAUCUUAACCCAAUAUAGUACUAACUCGUGUGUAUACGCAACGCACUACGCCUUUCGUGUAAUUUUGUAAAAACAAAACAAGUUAUAACUUAUAACUAAUGGAUUUGUUGUUAUUAAAUUAGUAGAGCCCACUAAUUGUUGUAUUUAAUCAUAUUAAAAUCAAUACGUUAACUUAAAAUAGAAAAUAAAUUAGUUAUAUAUCUGAAAACAACAAUAUAAUGCAGAUAUAUUAUUUAAAAUAAAUUAUCUAGCAUACCCAAGAUUUCACAUAUAGGUUUAAUGUAUUAUAUCGCAUAAAUAUUUUUUUAAUUCCCUUACUAUGUACGUCAAGGUGCCCUUGAAUUUAUUGGUGUACUAUAUAAAUCUUGCGCUUUUCAAAUUCCCCUAUAUUUGAUUGAUUUUUAUUUUUGUGACAGAUGUUGCCAGUGAUAAGUUAACGCUUUUGUUUGUAAACUGUGUUUUUUUCACGCUUUAUAUAAUACAUUUGUUACUGAAAUAACUGACUGUAUUUAUAAAAUAAAUGUUUUUUCGGAAAAUUUCAUAAAGCGAUAAUUUCAAGAAGUACUAUAUUUUCGAGCAUAUUGAUUAGAUCAUCCGUAAUUAUUGAAUAACGUAUGGAUUUUAUUUUCUGUGUCGCUACGUGUGUAAAGUUUUAUGCGUAUAACACUGCUGGUCAUAAUGUUACCAUAGUGUAAUAAUUUAAAACUUUUUAAUUAAAUAACACAAUUGUCCCAAAAAGGUUGUUGAAAUUAGUUAACUCGUGAUUCAUGAAGAUCACACACUUGUCGAUAUUUAUUUUCACAGAUUUUUGCAUGAAUGCAGCAUAUAACAUAAUUAUGAUAAAUACAGAUACUUAACAUACAUUCCAGAUUAUAAUUAAUCAACUAAAUUAGCUGUGAAAAAUUACAGUAUUAUCUACGAAUAAAUCAAGCAGUGCUUUAGGAUUAUUGUAAAAGAGAUACAAACGAAGAAUUUUCCCCGCGCAAUGCGCACGUAUUACAUGGUUAUGUAAUUAAAUUUAUUUUGUAUAAUUGUAAAGAUUAUAUUCAGUGGCUUAAGGUUAUAUUAGGUGUAUAUUGUAGUUGAGUUUAGCGCGGGAUUGCGUCCCGUUUCGUAGCAUCCGAAGAAAAAAAAAAAUUGAGCAUAUCAAAUUGUUUCUGUAAAUGAUUUAAGUGAUUAUUAUAUUAUAUGUGAAGAAGACUCGAGCGUCUAUUUGUUGAUGUUGAUGCACCAGACUUGCGUAGUUUAGCUGCGUAGGCGUGUUGCAAAUUGUUCUCACCUCAGUGUUUAAGUGUUUCAUUAGCUUAGAUGCGGUCGAUUCUCCACCACGCAAACGUUCCGAGCUCUGUUAAAUGCGUGCUCUGUUCAGUAUUGUAUCGGUAUCGCCUUCGAAAACUGUACGUAAACUGUUUGUACUUAUGGUAAGACCAAAGCGAUUGUCCCCUAUAUUGUUGCUGUUAGCAAUAUCUUUGGUCAAUUAUUAGAAUGUUCUAUGGUAUAUGAUGUGAAAUCGGAAUUAAAUGUUACAAAAUUAAUGGAAUUUUAAUCUUAACUCAUCAUCAUGUAGACGCGCGGCUUACGUCAUCCAUAUAGCGUUUCAUCAUGCCUGCUCAUUGUCGUUCAGUUAAUUUUAACGGAAAUUGGCGCCGAAAUGAGCAAUGAGUAUUUUUCGAUUAUAUGGGACACGUUCGGCGUCAUUGAUCAUAGUUCCUACACGUUUGACGCUGCAGUUAACGCGUAACUAUAUUACAAUUAUGAUAAUAUAAAUAAAUAAUAAUCAUCAUAAAGUUUUUGCUCUCUCUCUCUCUCUCUUGUUAAUAGCGUUAGUACCAUCGAAAGAUCUAGACAGAGAUUGUUGGAUUUGAUAUAGUUUAUGAAUAUUGUUAAUCUUAUGCUGUAUAAAUAGAGUAAUUAAACGCUAUAUACGUGUA